AUGGACAUGGACUUGGACGUGGACGUGGACGUGGACGUGAACAUGGACAUGGACGUGGACAUGGACGUGGACGUGGACGUGGACGUGGACGUGGACAUGGUCGUGGACGUGGACGUGGACGUGGACGUGGUCGUAGACGUGGACAUGGACGUGGACAUGGACGUGGACGUGGAGGACUUGGACGUGGACAUGGACGUGGACGUGGACGUGGACGUGGACAUGGACGUGGACGUGGAUGUGGACAUGGACGUGGACGUGGACAUAGACGUGGACGUGGACGUGGACGUGGACGUGGACGUGGACGUGGACAUGGUCGUGGACGUGGACGUGGACGUGAACGUGGACGUGGUCGUGGACGUGGACGUGGACGUGGACAUGGACGUGGACGUGGACGUGGACAUGGACGUUGACGUGGACGUGGACGUGGACGUGGUCGUGGACGUGGACGUGGACGUGGACGUGGACGUGGACGUGGACAUGGUCGUGGACGUGGACGUGGACAUGGUCGUGGACGUGGACGUGGACGUGGACGUGGACGUGGACGUGGACGUGGACAUGGACGUGGACAUGGACGUAGACGUGGACAUGGACGUGGACAUGGACGUGGACGUGGACGUGGACAUGGACAUGGAUGCGGACGUGGACGUGGACAUGGAUGCGGACGUGGACGUGGACAUGGACGUGGACGUGGACGUGGUCGUGGACGUGGAGGUUGACAAGGACGUGGACGACGUGGACGUGGACGUGGACAUGGACGUGGACAUGGACAUGGACGUGGACAUGGACGUGGACGUGGACAUGGACGUGAACGUGGACGUGGACGUGGACGUGGACGUGGACGUGGAGGUGGACGUGGAGGUGGACGUGGACGUGGACGUGGACGUGGACAUGGAUAUGGACGUGGACGUGGACGUGGACAUGGACGUGGACAUGGACGUAGACGUGGACAUGGACGUGGACGUGGACAUGGACGUGGACAUGGACGUGGACGCGGACGUGGACCUGGACGUGGAUAUGGACCAAGACGUGGAUGUGGACGUGGAUGUGGAUGUGGACAUGGACGUGGACAUGGACGUGGACGUGGACAUGGACGUGGACGUGGACGUGGACAUGGACGUGGACGACUUGGACGUGGACAUGGACGUGGACGUGGACGUGGACAUGGACGUGGACAAGGAUGUGGACAUGGACGUGGACGUGGACAUGGAUGUGGACGUGGACGUGGACGUGGACGUGGACAUGGUCGUGGACGUGGACGUGGACGUGGACGUCGACGUGGUCGUGGACGUUGACGUGGACGUGGACGUGGACGUGGACGUGGACAUGGACGUUGACGUGGACGUGGACGUGGACGUGGUCGUGGACGUGGACGUGGACGUGGACAUGGUCGUGGACGUGGACGUGGACGUGGACAUGGUCGUGGACGUGGACGUGGACGUGGACGUGGACGUCGACGUGGACGUGGACAUGGACGUGGACAUGGACGUGGACGUGGACAUGGACGUGGACAUGGACGUGGACGUGGACGUGGACAUGGACAUGGAUGUGGACGUGGACGUGGACAUGGAUGCGGACGUGGACGUGGACAUGGACGUGGACGUGGAUGUAGACGUGGACGUGGACGUGGACGUGGACAUGGACGUGGACAUGGACGUGGACGUGGACAUGGACGUGGAUGUGGACGUGGACGUGGAUGUGGACGUGGACAUGGACGUGGACGUGGACGUGGACGUGGACGUGGACAUGGCCGUGGACGUGGACGUGGACGUGGACGUGGACGUGGACGUGGACGUGGACUGA